GGCUGUUUUCUGGCAGCAGGUGAACUUUACAGGUGACUCUUCAUCAGACGGAUUUUAACUCCAUCUGCUUCAGUUCAUUUACAGAAAUAUCUGAAACUGUCUACAUUGGGAGCUUUGACAAGAGAGUACACAAUGCUGACCAGCCUUGAACCGCUCCAAUACCUGCAGGAGCUGCAUCCUUGUGGGCCGUCAGCUGGAGAGAUGGAGCUGGAGGUCAUUGAGGAGUAUCUGCAGGAGCACUCAGGAGAAGAACCCAGAGCACAGAGCCGAACCGAAGGGGAGAUCAUCAUUGCAGAGAACAGCUGGUGGGGGAGGUUUGCAUAUGAGUGGCAGUAUGGCGGCACAUCCAGAGCAGAGGACAGAACCACCAGGCAGCAGCAGUGGCCCAGCCAGUACAGUACCAACGAGUGGGGCGAGCACUGUGUGUAUGAAGCUCCGUUCCUCAGUGACUCUGACUCCCACUGCAGCUCUGUCUGCCCAGAGUUUCCCCCAUCACCCCCUACAGGUGGCCAAAGAACUUCAGCCUGGGAGACGCUACCCAUCACCCCACUGACUGGUAAAAGAAAAGAGCGUUUAUUUCAGUUUCUGUAUGAGAUGCUGCAGAGUCCCGACAUGCGCAGCUGCAUUUGGUGGGUUCAGUCGGCAAAUGGAACCUUCCAGUUCUCCUCACAGAACAAAGAGAAACUGGCGGAAAUGUGGGGGAAACGCAAAGGAAACCGCAAAACCAUGACCUACCAGAAAAUGGCUCGAGCUCUACGGAAUUACUCGCGCACCGGAGAAAUCUGCAAAGUCAAACGCAAGCUGACCUACCAGUUCAAUGAGAGAACACUGAGGGGCCUCCAGAGCAGCUCCCAAAAAUUCAGCUAAUAAUGUCCCCAGAAUUUUGCUCUGAAUUAAUUAUUCAUCCAAAAUUUGACUCUGAAUUAAUUUUUUAUCUGAUAUUUCACACUGAUCAUUUAUCAAAAAAGCACUAGAAAUUAAUAAACCAAAAUUCAUUCUGAAUUCAUAAUUUAUUUAAAACUUCAUUAAAAAUGAAUAGUUUACCCAGAACUUCACCCUGAAAGAAUAAUUUACACAAAACUCUUACUCUUACUCACUGUGAAUUAAUGAUAAAUAAAACAAUACUCUUGAUUUAAGAAUUUAUCUAAAGUUUAAUUCUGACUU